AUGGCUCUUCUGGCGGUCACUACGACCAGCCAGGGCGAGCCCGACCCAACCCCGCCAUCCCAUCCCAUCCCAUCCUGUCAGCCCGCUCUCAGGCGGUACAGGCUAAGGAAAGUACUGGUAAUAGGGACUUGGAAAACGGUCAGGUGA